UUUUUUUUUCUUUUUACCUCACGCAGAGUACAUGGGGUGGUGCCAAAACGUACGGUUGAAGAAUCAAACUGUCACGUCUUGAAACGUCACUGUCUGAUCAGAAACGAACUUCCGUCCAGUGAGCUACUCAAAUGCGGUUCCGGUUCUGUGGGGAUCUGGACUGCCCAGAUUGGGUUCUGGCCGAAAUCAGCACAUUAGCAAAGAUUUCGAGUGUGAAGAUGAAACUUCUGUGUGCUCAAGUGUUGAAGGAUUUACUGGGCGAGGGUAUAGAUUACGACAAAGUUGGAAAGCUGACUGCAGAUGCAAAGUUUGAAAGCGGAGACAUCAAAGCUACUGUGGCAGUGCUCAGCUUUAUUUUGUCCAGUGCUGCAAAACACGAUGUUGAUAGCGAGUCUUUGUCCAGUGAGCUGCAGCAACUUGGCUUGCCUAAAGAACAUGCCACAGGGCUUUGUAAGUCCUAUGAAGACAAGCAUUCUGCUCUUCAAGACAAACUAAGAGAUACCAGCUUGAGAUUGAGAAGACUCGACUCAGUGUCCUGGCGUGUCGAUUACACUCUGAGCUCCAGUGAAUUAAGAGAAGUAAAUGAACCCCUGGUACAACUUAAACUGCAGACACAAGGAGCAGAGCCAGGCUCCUCUGACACAACCAUAGUCUCCGUUUCUCCAGAUAAGUUCAGAGUUUUGCUUACUGAGCUCAAACAAGCACAGGCCAUGAUGAAUGCACUACAAUGAAGAAUGAAGAACAAACCUUUGAUCAGGAGCGAGAUACAAAUGAUGCUGAUGAACUGCCAAAGUGCCAUAUUUGUAUCUUGUACAGUAUUAUUUGCUUGAAUUUGUUCAUGUUAAAAUAAAGUUUAAUUUCUUACUUGAA